AUCUCCUUACGGGUGUUUGUUCUUCCCUCCCCUGGCAGAUGUGCAGACUUGGGCAGCACAAGCCCAUCUGUAAAGUACUGCGGGACGGGAUCAUGCAGGUGGGCAAGAGCGUGGCGCAGAAGCUGACGGACGAGCUGGUGAGCGAGUGGUUCAGCCAGCCCUGGGGCUCCGAGGACUGCGACAAUCAUUCCCGCCUCAAGCUGUACGCGCAGGUCUGCCGCCAUCACCUUGCACCUUACUUGGCCACCCUGCAGCUGGACAGCAGCCUCCUGCUGCCGCCCAAGUACCAAACGCCGGCUGCGAGCCAGCCGCCGGGAGCUGCCGGCAGCUCCGGGCCCAAAACCACAGUGUGCGUUUUUUAA